GGAACGCCGGCUGGGCGGCGCGGGGACUGGCACUGGGCAGCCGCCGGGCUCCGGGCGCCGCCGUGUCCCCAGCGCCGCCGAGUCCCCAGCCGCCGGCCGGCCUGCGGGAGCGGCGCAGUUGCGAAACUGAGUGCCUGUGUAGAUCCUCCCAGAAUAUCUGCCUGGUGCUGUGCUGUGCCCUUCCUCAAGACUACCUCAUAUUGGCUCUGGCUCAGAGACUCCUACGUGCUGAGUCUCUGCCUUCUCUGUGUUCUUGAAGCCAGACAUGACCUGACACUCUGAUGACUACUGUCAGGGCCUUGGGUGAUUAGCCAGUGCACCAUGGAACUGAAAGUAUGGGUGGAUGGAGUUCAGAGGAUUGUUUGUGGUGUCACCGAAGUCACAACUUGCCAGGAGGUUGUAAUAGCCUUAGCUCAAGCUAUAGGUCGAACUGGAAGGUACACACUUAUAGAAAAAUGGAGAGAUACUGAAAGACAUUUAGCACCUCAUGAAAAUCCUAUCAUAUCCUUAAACAAAUGGGGGCAGUAUGCUAGUGAUGUACAGUUAAUUCUGCGUCGAACGGGGCCAUCUCUCAGUGAAAGACCCACUUCAGAUAGUGUGGCUCGAAUUCCUGAAAGAACUUUAUACAGGCAGAGUCUCCCCCCAUUAGCCAAACUGAGGCCUCAAAUUGACAAAUCAAUCAAAAGAAGAGAACCUAAAAGAAAAUCAUUGACAUUUACAGGAGGUGCCAAAGGAUUGAUGGACAUUUUUGGAAAAAGUAAAGAAACUGAAUUUAAGCAAAAGGUGCUGAAUAACUGCAAAACAACAGCAGAUGAGUUGAAGAAACUGAUUCGUUUGCAGACAGAGAAGCUUCAAUCCAUUGAGAAGCAGUUAGAAUCUAAUGAAAUAGAAAUACGAUUUUGGGAGCAAAAGUAUAAUUCUAACCUUGAAGAGGAAAUUGUCCGCCUGGAGCAAAAGAUCAAAAGAAAUGAUGUAGAAAUUGAGGAGGAAGAAUUUUGGGAAAAUGAAUUACAGAUUGAACAGGAAAAUGAAAAGCAGCUAAAGGAUCAACUUCAAGAAAUAAGACAGAAAAUCACAGAGUGUGAAAGCAAAUUAAAGGACUAUUUGGCACAAAUCCAGACUAUGGAAAGUGGUCUUGAAGCAGAAAAAUUGCAACGGGAAGUUCAGGAGGCACAAAUCAAUGAGGAAGAGGUUAAAGGACAGAUUGGUAAGGUCAAAGGGGAGAUUGACAUCCAGGGCCAGCAGAGCUUGAGGUUGGAAAAUGGUAUUAAAGCUGUGGAAAGAUCUCUUGGACAGGCCACCAAACGACUACAGGACAAAGAACAAGAACUGGAGCAGUUGACCAAAGAGCUUCGGCAAGUCAAUCUCCAGCAGUUUAUCCAACAGACGGGGACAAAAGUUACCGUUUUGCCAGCCGAGCCCAUUGAAAUAGAGGCCUCACAGGCAGAUAUAGAAAGAGAGGCACCAUUCCAGUCUGGGUCCCUGAAGCGACCUGGUUCAUCUCGGCAGCUUCCCAGUAAUCUUCGUAUUCUACAGAAUCCUAUCUCGUCUGGUUUUAAUCCUGAAGGCAUAUAUGUAUAACAUUAUCUGUCUUUAGGGGAGAAAUCAAUAAAAGUACCAAGGACAGUCAAAUUUCUACUUUGAUUUGUGCCAAUGAUGAACAGAGGACAUGUUUCACAAAUCACCGUAUUUUUUUCUCUCCUAAAUUGCAUACCCCUUGGAGCCAUACCCUGUGCACUGAUGCUAAAGAACAAAGAAACUGUUUUCACACAUCAACAGUAUUGACAUUUUUGUCCAGCAGCUGUAAUACAAAGCCUUCAUUUUUAUUUGUAGCAUUUGAGAGCAUUGGUAAAGUAUUAUACUAUGUGUAUACAUAAAUAAACCGUGAAUUAAGAGUAAAGAGAAAUAUGUGACUGGUUUAGAUUAAUUUAUUCCUUGUAAUUGAUUAAUGUGUGAAUGUUAAUGUUUUAAUAUUUUUAUUAAUACUUAUCCUGUGAUUUAAUUAUGUUACAUAUUGUGUGAUUAUGACUGUGUGCAUGUUGUCAGACUCCAUCCAUGCAUUACGGAUUUAUAACUACACACGUGUCAUGGGGUGCUCCACCAUCCAGACUAACUCCAGAAGAACCCACUUGCAUUAAUUUCAUGAGCCUGUUUUAGCCAUUGCUUAAUUAGGUGAAGUAAUUGAGAUUUCUUUUUAAUAUGGAAUUUAAUCUUUCCUUCACAGUAUUUCCAAAUAUAUAAGUGACCACAUAACAGAAAUGUUUUUCAUGAGGUAAAUUAUACAUGUUAAAGUUUGCAGUCUUUCAUAUCAUAUUGAGCAAAAACCUAAUUGUUGUAUAUCUAUUCACACAGGCAUGGGGGUUCCUGAUACAUUAUGUGAUUUGUUUCUGCCCUGCCUUAUCAUUUACUCUCAAGGAUCCUCAGAAUUAAUAUAAUAUAUGUUAUAGAUGCCUGAGGAUCGGGUUAGUAUACUUUGUGAAUUUUGCUUCAAAUUAUAUAUUUUAAAAUAACCCAUUUCUCAUGUAUGGUCUGUUGGUAUACACGCCUACUGGUGAGUUAUUGCUUCCACAUAAUUUACUCUGUAUAUUAUGAACAACUGUGCUUUUUCUUCAGUCACUUAGGGAGAGAGUAGAUUGGAGUUAGCUCCUUUUUACCAAGGAAAUAAAGUUAAAUUUAGAGUAUAUUUUUCAUUUUUAAGUUUGACUUUUAUAGGAUAUAAAAUCUCCAUUUGUAUGUAUAUUGUUUUAUUUAUAAAGCCAAAAAUGAGUCCACAACUCCACCAUGAGUAGUGGCUUAACUGAGAUUAUCAAGUAAUAUUUAGACAGAUGCUGUCAGACACUUCUUAGCCACUUUUACUUAACCUCUGAUCAAAUUUGGUACAAUAUAAUUAAUAUUUUAAUCUGAAAUUUAAAGUAGUUUUUAGUUCUGAAGGAAGUAUAUUCUCUGUAUUACUUACAUGCAACAAAAUAAAAGUGGAUUAAUAUAGUAUUGCCAUGGUAACAAUAAAGAGAGAUAUCUUAUGCAUGAAGGCAACUUUGGAUGUUUCAACACAUUAGACUUAUUUUGGUUUAAUGAAUGCUGAGAAUGCUGCUUUAUUUAGGUUUCCUAUGAAAAAUUUUAAGAAUGACUAUGAAAAUAUAUAUAGACGCUUCUAGAGAACUGAAAGUAACAUAAUGUUGCCUUUUCUAGUCCAGCUAAGUAGUAGACCUCAACUGAACAUAUUAUUCUUUGGGUUCUUGGAGUUAUCAAAUUGGUCUUGCCAUUAUACUGUUUUGCAAAUAACUUAAGGAAAAAUGAUUCUUAACUAAGUAACCAUAACCUGUACACAUUUGCUCUCAGUUUAUAAUAUAUAUUUCAUAUCUACAUAUAUUUAAAAAUCAGAAUUAAAUGUCUAAAUAAUUUGUAGCUUUUUUGACAAUAAUGAUUUAGGUAUGCCCAAUAUAUGCCUUACUUUUAAAGAUUCCUAUCCUCUACUGAGUCAUUUUGUUGUUCAGAGAAAUUGAGACCUUAUUCACAAAGAAAAACAUUUUAUAAAUUGUAUUCUAUUUAAAUCAAAAUGUUAAACUGUAGGUGGAUUACACUUUGCAAUUAGAAAUUACAAAGAUGCCUUGGUAUACCACAAAGAAUACAAAGUCGGUAUCUAAUUUAGUAAUUGUAAAUUAUUAACAGAAUUGCCUAAUAACUUUAAAGAAAGAUAGAUAGCCUCCAACCAACUUGUAGUAGUCCUGGGUUCUCCAGCAUAGUAUCCCCAGUUAACCUCUGACUUCUUCAGGAUUUUCAAGCUGCCAAAUAAUGGACCUAGUUACACAUGAAAAUACUGUUUCCUAGAUGGGAAGAGUAUGUAAAUUUGAAUUAAUGAACACAUUUGAGCAGCAGUACUUUUUAAUCAGUCAUACUACUGGAAGCACAUAACUGAAGAAUAUUUUUAAAUCUUUUUUUUAAAACAGAGGAAAACUCAUUUCUGUAGAAACAUCUUUAAAUAUUUUAGUCUAUUUGUGAUCAUUUUUACCUAUUGUGAAUACAAAUGAAUUAGAUUAAGUGCCACAUCUUUGGAUACUUUUGGAGGGGGGAGAAGUUAAUGGUAUAAAGAAAUACCAAACAUAAAAUUUUGCAUCUAAGGGAUAAUUUAGGUUCUAAAUAAUAAAUUAGAAUACAAAUUUAUGUGUUUUUUGAAUCAUACUGUAAAGUGUUUUAUUGUGAUUUUCUACAACUAUUAAAGAUAUUAAAAUGGUUUUUUUCUUACCAAGAAAUCAUUUGAAAUAGCAUUAGUCUAUUUGACCUUUAGAAUAUCAUUAUUCUCAGAGAAUGGUACAUAGUGGGUCACCUCAGUUUUUUUCAUUUUCUUUAUAAUUUGAUUUGUUUAUAUUUGGUUUUUGUCUUAAUGCACAGGGAAUUUUUUAUGAGACUUCAAUUGGUUUUAGUAGAAAUUGCCCACUUAAUUCCCAGUCACCAAUGAGUAAAUUGUCAGUUCCUAUAUUUGCAAUUAGUAGAAAACUAGACUGAUCAAGUUAAGAUAAAACUGAAUAAUACAAUAAAAAAAUAGAAUAUGUGGUGUGAAAUGUGAAGUAUGGCCAUGUAUAAGAACAGAUAAGCACUUGCUUCCACAGUAAAAAUAAAAUGUAUCCCUGUACUAAAAGACAGCUUUCUUUGUGAAUAAGAACAAAACAGCCUUUCGAGAAAAAGAAUUCUUCAUUGAAAGACACUUAUGUGAACACUUUUCCAAGUUGGAACUGUAUUGGAUUGAAGAAAUAAUGUGGAAAAAGCAAAAACUCGAUUUUAGGCAUGCAAAGGCUGUGAGCAGUUGGGCAGUUGUACAUUGCCUUUGAAAAAUUGGGCCUUAAUUUAUAUGUAUAUAAUUGCACUGUGUUUGAAUCUCUCUUCUACAUCAAGUUGUCUUUAUAGUCUGUAUUGUAUUAAAAUUUAGCUCAUUAGUAUUACUUUUGUAUUAUGUCAGUUUUUUAAGUUGCAUGUUUCUACUGUUUGCUACAGUAUUUUUAAGUUUGGGUGAAGGCCACCAGCUGUAUCAAACAACACAACAAUCACUAUUUAUUCAGUAUUGCUGCUUUAUGUUUGCCAACCAAGCUUUCGAUGCCUGGACAGUGACUGCUAGAAAGCUGCAGGAGCUCUUUCCAAUGCAUUUUAUAUAUUUUUAGAAAUCAAAUAAAUGCAGAUAACUAUUUAGUAUACUAAUUAUAUUAAACCAGCAGAAUAUAAAGGCAAUAAAAUAUAUACUUAUAUAUGGGGGGAGGGGAAAGAUUAAAAAUAUGGGUUCACAACCAGACACGGUGAUGGCCCUAAAUGUAUUUCUCAAUGUCUUUCUUCACUGACCCUAGAAGGAUUUGAGUUGCUGCAGCUUUAAACAGAAAAUUACCACGUUCACUAGUUGUGGACUAUAAAUAUGCUUUUAGUAAUGCUUUGCUUAUGUUCAAAUAAAAAGUCUAUAAUAUGUAUUAUAUGUAACUAUUUUCUUUUGACCUCAUUUCAAAAUGUAUAUUUUCUGAUUAUUAUCAUGAGCUGUAAAGCAAAGGAUCAAUAAGUGAUAUUCCCCCAAAUAAUAAAUUUUCAGGAUUCAUUGGGGCAGAA